AUGGCGGCCGUCAAUGGAGCCAAUGGCACACAGAAGUCAGCCCUCGUCACUAUUGAUGAGUUUAUUGGGCAAGACUACGACUAUCUCAUCUGUGGUGGUGGUACAGCUGGACUGGUCAUCGCUGCCCGCUUAACAGAGAAUCCCAAUGUCACAGUCGGAGUGAUCGAAGCUGGUAAGAGUCGACUCGGUGACCCCCUCGUUGAUAUCCCAGCAUUUUUUACACAGAUGCUGGGCAACAGGGAGUACGAUUGGGCUUGGGAAACCAUUCCUCAGCCAGGAAACAAGAACAAGGUCCACCAGGUUGUCCGGGGCAAAGCACUAGGCGGCUCGAGUGCAAUCAAUUACAUGAUGUAUGUUCGAGGAUCAGACCAAGACUACGAUGACUGGGCCGAGCUAGUAAAUGACCCAUCGUGGUCGUCCGCCAAUAUGAAACAAUACAUGCGGAAGCACCAAACAUUGGAGCCUAUUGACGAGCGAAUCACCGAGCGUUCCACCAUGCCAUUCGUUGGGGAGAACCAUGGCACAAGCGGUCCGGUGCGAACCAGCUUCAACGACUUUAGACUCCCGGUUGAGGACGACGUGAUCAAGGCCGCAGACCAUGCCACUGGAUUUGAUAAGAAGCCGCUCGACCCAUGGAGCGGAGACCAUAUUGGAUUCUACAACACUCUGGGUGCUGUGGUACGCACGGGUGCUGACAAAGGCAAGCGCAGCUACGCUGCCCGAGGAUACUUCCAGCCCAACGAACACCGUCCGAACCUCAAAGUCAUAACGGAGGCGCUGGUUGCUCGAGUCCUCCUCGAAAGCAAGAAAGCCACCGGGGUGGAGUUCAUGCACAACGGCCAGAAGCAUACUGUCAAGGCCAAACGAGAGGUGAUCGUUUGUGGCGGAACCAUCAACUCUCCCCAGAUCCUCGAGAUGUCUGGCAUUGGCAACCCGGAAAUUCUCAGGGCAGCUGGCGUCGAAUGUCUGGUCGACCUGCCCUCUGUCGGAGAAAACUAUCAAGACCACGUCGCCACGGCUGGAGUCUAUCAACUCGCCGAUGGCCAGAUGUCCGCCGACUCGAUCUACAAGCCCGAGGUCAUGGCAGCCGCGCAAAAAGCUCUGGCGGAAGAACAGGGCGGACCCUUGACGGCCAUCCAAUCUGUCCAAGGUUUCUUCCCCUGCACCUUGUUCCUGGAGGAAGGCGAAUUGGACCAGGUCAUCCAGUCGAUCGAAAGCGCCAAGGCGAAGACGCCGUUCCAGCGGAAACAAUGGAACCAAGUCAUCUCCCACCUCAAGAGCAACAAGUCGGCGAACCUGCAGCUCGUCUUCAUCGCUGCAACGGCGAACCUCGACGCCGGCUCUGGCGACCAGAGCCAACUGUUUGCUCCACCGGCCGAGGGAGCGAAAGACGGCAUCACGCUCGCUGUGUGCCUGCAGUACCCCGUGGCUCGGGGCCACAUCCACAUCAAAUCCAGCGAUCCCACGGUCGCCCCGGAAGUGCACCCCAACCUGCUGGGCCAGGAGGCCGACGUGGCGGUGCUUGCGGCGGGGAUGAAAUUUGUCGAGAAGACGGUCUCCUCGCCGCCGCUCAAGGACAAGAUCUCGCACCGCAUCGCGCCCGAGCCGGCAACGUUCCCGCUCGACUCGGCGCAGUCCCGCCGCGCCGCCGUCCAGGAGUACGUGAUCGGCGAGUACCACAGCUGCGGCUCGUGCGCGAUGGGCGACACGGUCGACUCGCGCCUCCGUGUCAAGGGCGUGCAGAACCUGCGCGUCGCCGACGCCAGCGUGUUCCCCAACAACGUCAGCGGCAAUAUCCAGAGCAGCGUCUACAUGAUCGCCGAGAAGGCCGCGGACAUGAUCAAAGCCGACUGGGAUUAUGCCGCCUUGAAUAAAGUCUCCAAGUAG